AUGCAGCCAACUAAGAAAAAGAUAGUGAAGGCCAAAACCAUGGCAAACGUUGUUAGAAAGAUAGCUGCCACAAUCGAACGUGAAAAGCGCAAGGAAGGGCUUGAGGCUUGCCAGAAAGAAGACGAUUAUUGGCGUGAAGCAGGAGAAGGAAUUAAGUCUCGUGCUGCAAAAAAACGUGAGGAGAAAACCAAGAAACAAGAAGCAGCUGCAGCCCGAAAAGCCGAGAAUCAACUUCUUGCUAAGCUGGAGGAGGAAAGACUAGCUGCAAGACGAAAUACAGAGAAAGCUAAGAAACAAGAAGAAGCUGCGGCUCGAAAAGCCGAGUUUCUUGCUGAACUGGAGAAGGAGAGACUGGAAAGCACAGUUGAAUGGGAUUGGUAG